CGCAUACCGGACGCCAACACAUGGAGCCAACCAACCUUCGCUUUAAGAUCAGCCUUUUCCUCUCUCUUUUAAUUCCUCCAUAGCUUUUCCUCUCUCUCUCUCUCUCUCUCUCUCUGCGCUUUUAUCUUUCUCUUCUUCCUCUUAACGAAACGAAGGCAUGGAGCAUACAACCAGCCCUCAGUGGCCACAGGGAACUGGGGUUAUUAAUGACACCAACACGAACAAGCCCGCCAUGGAGAUCAGUCGUAGUAGUAGUAAUACUAAUAACAAUAACAACAAUAAUCAGAACAAUAAGAAGAUGACGAGGCCGAGCAAAGACCAGGCGCCGUUGAACUGCCCGAGGUGUAAUUCCUUGAACACCAAGUUCUGUUACUACAACAACUAUAGCCUCUCCCAGCCAAGGUAUUUCUGCAAGACCUGCAGGAGGUACUGGACCCAGGGUGGGUCCCUCAGGAAUGUCCCUGUAGGUGGAGGCUCAAGGAAGAACAAGAGGCCCCCCUCGUCGAUAUCGUCGUCGGCUCAGCCAGCAAUCCCUCCUCCUCCAGCUCCGUCGCUGUCGAAGGAUUAUAUGAAGCUGUUUCCUCCGGUCGGUUUCCCUAACCCUAGCCAUAGGUUGGGACUCGACGAGGCCCACGAUCUCAACCUCUCUUACCCGCCAAUACCCUCGUCAGCCCCCACCGUCGGCACUAAUGCUAAUGUCGUGUCAAAGGGUUUGAGCUUGAUGAUGAUGGGCCAUAAUUUCAUGCAAGACUUGGCAUUUUCUUCCGGCGAGUUUCCGAGCAGCUUGUUAGACUUCAAGCCUGCAACAACUGCUGCUGCUGCUGCUUCUUCCUCCCUCCUGAACUUCUCCCUAGCUCAUAACGGUAACAAUAGUAACGAUGGCAGGUUCGGGGUUGGUGGUGGACCGAGGAGCUUCCAGUUAGGGCUGCAGGAAGAAAUUAGUGGAGGUAGAGAGGCUAGGGUUUUGUUCCCAGUCGAGGAUCUAAAGCAGUCCAUGCCUAGUAACGGCAGAGCAGCGACUGAUCAUCAACAGCAGCAAUAUGAGCAGAACAAUGGCAGCAGCAGCGGGCUACUGCAAGGAGGAGGAGGAGGAGGAGGAGCAGCAGAUAGCUCCAAUGCUGGGUUCUGGAAUCACGGGCUUCUGCUGAGCGGGUCGACGCCAUGGAUACACGGCAAUCAAAUACAGUGACAGGUCUGCGGGAGUUUAAUAGAGUUUGAGCAUUGAACUGAUCGUCAUUACUAACCAUUAAUUAGGACUUAGGAGUACAUAACAUAUAAAGCUGGAUCUAGGGGGUCUCAGUAUAAUAAUUAGUACGCAGUUGUCUGCUAUAAUCUUGCAGUCUUAAUUAGUUGAUUUCUUUGCUUUUUCUUAAUUACUUCCUUUUUGUUGAAUAAAUGUGUCUUUUUUGUUUGCUUUGUCGACUGUCUUUAUGGGAUAUGGGUGGGAUCAUAGUUUUUGUUUGAAGCUCUUUUUGGACAGCUUCAAAUGGCGGAGUCAGUCACAACUCACAAUGGUAAAGAUUACCAAAAAAAAUAUAUUGUAAAAUCACUCUUUAUGCAUAGUGAAAUCAUAUAUUUGAUCUGUUUAA